AUGUCGUUGCUGGGCCGAGGUGACUUGAUAGCGGACCCGGAUGUCCUGCGUAGAUUGAAGCCCAUGCAGGUUCGGAUCACGAAGUGCGACGGACUGUUGGUGCGAGAGAUUGGCGACCAUUAUGACGUCUCUAGAGUUAAACCGAACUACGGACUAGCGAAGAACUACAUCUACCCGUACAUGAAACUACCUCCAGUCAAGAGCGAACCCCUCUACCGCAACAGCAUGGUCGCUAUCCCUCUCGCACUCAAAGAGGAGCUCUCUUUCACACACUGGGACAGCGAUAGCGACGUCGAAGAAACCAUAAUUAAAACCGUUCCUUCGCUCACAACUUUGACCAUCAAAAAACUAUUCUCCAAAAAUCUUCUAGGUAAAGUACCUAGAAAAAGAAAAAAGGUCAAAAAUGAAACCUUUGAUAAUGAAGAAUUCGGUGACGUAAGUAAGGAUAUUAAUGAUAUUAUAAAUAGUUUAGAUGAUAGGGGAAACGGUCGUUUAGAUAGCAAUUUGACAGCUAGAAUUAAAGAUAUCAUUGGGUGUUUGGACGAUGAUGUUGGUGAAAGUGUUGAUACGGCUAAUGAACAAAGUGAGCUUGAUGUGAAUGAUAAAACUAUUGAUAAUGAUAAUAUUGGUGAAAAGGAUAAAACUAUAUCUAAAAGUGAAGAUCAACCUGACACUCCUAAUGACAUAGAAGCUGAUAAAACAGUAGCGGAUGAGAAUCAAGCUGAAGAUGAGGCAGUAACAAAUGAGUAUUGUAAUAAAACAGACAUAGAUAAUAAUAAAAACGAUGAAAGUACAAAAGGAGAUGAAAUGGAAUCUAAUAGUAACGCUGAAAAAUCAAGUACUGAUGUCAAUGUUGGUGAAAAUAAUAUUAAUAAUGUAUUAGAAAGCAAUCAAAUAAAUGACGUGGUUAAUGAAAGUGAAAUAAUCAAUAGGGUAGAUAGUGGCACUAAUGAUCAUUCAGAUAAUUUUAAUAAAGAAGAUAUAAGUUUACAAAAAUCAAAAGAAGAUGAAAAUAUAGCUCUUGAUUCUAUGGAUCUUGAUAAUGUGGCAAUUAAUGGAAUUAAUACUCAUUCAAAUGGGAAUUCCUUCGAUAAUGACUCCAAACUAAAUGAAGAUGAAAGUUGUCCAGGAAAAGACUCUAAAAACAAUGAUGAUGACACUAUAUUAUCAAAUGACAAUUCCUUCGAUAAUGGCUCCAAACUAAAUGAAGAUGAAAGUUGUCCAGGAAAAGACUCUAAAAACAAUGAUGAUGACACUAGAUUAUCAAAUGACAAUUCCUUCGAUAAUGGCUCCAAACUAAACGAAAAUGACACUUCUCUAGAAAGUGAUUCGAAAAUCAUUGAUGAUAGCAGAAAAAUAUCAAAUGACAAGUCCUUUGAUAAUGACUCCAAACUAAAGGAAAAUGAAUGUUCUCCAGAAAAGACUCUAAAGUCAAUGAUGAUGGCACGAGAUUAUUAAAUGACAAUUCUUUUGAUAUUCACUCCAAAUUAAAUGAAACUGAAAGUUCUCUAGAAAAAGAUUCGAUAAUGAAUGAUGAAAUGAAUAAAACUGAGGAAGCCAAUAAACAAAUAAAUAAGGAAAGUCCGAUUAAACAUAGCAUCGAAAACUUAAUAGGAGAAUCUGACAAAAGUGCAGACAAAUAUAUAAGCGAAGUAAUGUCGAAUAUUGAAGAAUUGAAUAGAUGUCAAGGACAAAUUAAUGGACAGAAUAUUCUAGAAGAAAAUAUCGGUGAAAAAAGACUUAGUGACCAAGAUAAAAUAACUUUAGAAGAUCUAUUGCCUAAGGAAAAUAAAUGUGAAGAGUUAGAAAAUAUAUCGGACGAUGAUUUCAAUUUUGAUACUUAAUGUUACAGUACAUGUGGUGUAAGUUUUUAGUGCGGGAAUGAGCACUAAGAUAUAC